AUGGCUGCUACUGUCCCCCUCCCGGAACCAUUUGCUUCGAUUCCGCGCGAGUCCCUCCUUUUUGGACCGUCACCGAUCCAGCGUCUCGAGCGUAUCUCGUCUGAUCUCUCCGCUGCGUCAUCUCGCCCUGUGCAUAUAUUUGCAAAACGCGAUGACUGCAACUCAGGCCUAGCGUUUGGAGGCAACAAGACGCGCAAGCUCGAAUAUUUCAUUGCAGACGCCUUGGCGCAGGGGGCGGACACGCUGGUCAGCGUUGGCGGUAUUCAAUCAAACCACACCAGGCAAGUCGCAGCCGUGGCUGCCAAGUUCGCUCUGAAAUGCAGCCUUCUGCAGGAACAUUGGGUUCCUGGUGAUGAUGCGCCGAACUACGAUCGGGUUGCAAAUCUGCAGCUUUCGAGGCUGAUGUCGGCCAAAGUGACUAUUGGACCCGAGGUCCAGGCUGUCGGAACAAAAGACAACCUAUUCACGCACCAGGAUGACAAGGUUCGCCUGGCUACCCUGUGUGAUGAAGUCCGACAGAAUGGAGGAAAACCAUAUCUGAUCCCAGCUGGCGCAUCAGACCAUCCUUUGGGAGGGUUAGGAUUCGCACGCUGGGCAUUCGAGGUCGCGGAGCAAGAAAAGACCAUGGGUGUAUUCUUCAACGUCAUCGUUGUUUGUGCUGUGACAGGCUCGACCAUGGCCGGCAUUAUUGCUGGGUUCAAGCUGUUGGAAAAGCAGCCUGGACAGGAGGGAAAGAGGCGGAAGAUUAUAGGCGUCGAUGCCUCAGCAAGACCGCGAGAGACUCAUGCAACCGUGUUGAGACUGGCGCGGCAGACUGGCGAGAAGAUUGGCUUACAAGCAGACGACAUCACUGCCGAUGAUGUGAUUCUUGACCCUCGUUAUCAUGCGGGAAGUUAUGGAGUUCCAGAUGAGCAGACCAUCGCUGCUAUCAAGUACGGCGCGUCCAUGGAGGCAUUUAUCACUGAUCCCGUCUAUGAAGGGAAGAGCUUUGCAGGAAUGAUUGAUAUGGCACGGAAGGGAGAGUUCGAAGAGAAUUCCUAUAUCUUGUAUGCUCAUCUAGGAGGGCAGCUUGCUCUGAAUUCGUAUGCAGACAUCAUUGCAUGA